AUGGAUUCUUUUAAAGACAAAGAACAACGACAUCAUGGUCACAACGAAGCUAACUGCAUUUUGGUUCAGGGGCCUAUCAUCGUAGGUGCAGGACCCUCUGGACUAGCAGCCUCGGCUUGCCUCAAACAAGAAGGUGUACCUUCUCUUAUCCUUGAGAAAAGUGACUGCAUUGCUUCUUUAUGGCAACACCGGACGUAUGAUCGUCUAAAACUCCAUCUUCCCAAGCAGUUUUGUCAACUCCCACUCCUAGGGUUCCCUCAAAAUUUCCCCAAGUACCCGACCAAACACCAGUUCAUCUCUUACAUGGAGUCCUACGCUUCGCAUUUCUCAAUCCAACCUAGGUUCAACCAGGCGGUGAUAAACGCCGAGUUUGAUCAUGUUACGGCGUCUUGGAGGGUUAAAACUCCAGACUCCGAAUACAUUUCAAGGUGGCUCAUUGUUGCCACCGGUGAAAAUGCUGAGCCUGUAAUACCGGACAUUUCGGGUAUCAAUAUGUUUAAGGGUCGCGUCGUUCAUACAAGUUUAUACAAGUCUGGCUCCGAGUUUAAAAACCAAAGGGUUUUGGUCAUCGGAUGUGGUAACUCCGGCAUGGAAGUCUGCUUGGACCUUUGUCGAUACAAUGCAAUCCCUCAUAUGGUUGUUCGAAACACAGUGCAUGUAUUGCCGAGGGAGAUGUUCGAAUUCUCGACAUUUGGUAUAGCCAUGGCACUUCUCAAAUGGUUCCCCGUGAAGCUAGUGGAUAAGUUGCUUUUGCUGGUAUCCAGCUUCACCUUGGGCGACACAGAUCAAACGGGUCUUCGGCGGCCGAAAACGGGUCCGAUUGAGCUCAAGAAUGUCACCGGAAAGACUCCGGUGCUCGAUGUCGGUGCACUAUCACAAAUAAAAUCCGGUAAAAUUAAGGUGAUGCAAGGUGUUAAGGAGAUCACACGAAAUGGAGCUAAGUUCAUGGAUGGACUAGAAAAUGAGAUUGAUUCAAUAUUAUUGGCAACCGGAUACAAAAGCAACGUGUCUACGUGGCUCAAGAGUUUAGCCGAUUUUUUCACCAAAGAUGGCAUGCCUGAAACGCCGUUUCCUAACGGAUGGAAAGCGGAGAAGGGAUUGUACACGGUCGGGUUUACAAGAAGAGGGCUUCUAGGAACGGCUUCUGACGCCGUUAAGAUUGCUAGAGACAUUGGUGAACAAUGGAGGAUAAUCAAUGACGACUUCUAUUCGAUGAUUGCUGAUGCUAACAAAUCCCUUCUUCUCUCUGCCGCUAUAAUACAAGUUUACAGUGAUAGAGAAGUGAAGGGGGUGGCGCGUGCAUUAAACAGGAUGUCGGUGUAUGGCGGAAAUUCGGGGAUCGAUUCAGGGGGCGCGUGGAGUAAAAGAAGAGUGUUUGCAGGGAAUCAUAGGGUGAUGCUGAACAGAGACAGAGAUCGGUGUUCUUUGGGAGCAUUUGCGGUUCCGAAGGAGGGUACAAUCAUUAAAACACCGAAAGAGAUGGUUGACGAGGAACGUCCUCGAGUUUUCAAGGAUUUCGAUUUCAUGGACUUCGUCGAUUAUGCAAACUCAGAAGGUUCAUUGCAAAUUGACUCCUGUUUUCACAUGCUGCUCUACCAUGAAAAUACGGUAAAAAUUCAAAACGUAUUAAGCAUCAAUGACAGGCAUGAAACAGAUAGCUCUUCGUAA